GUGUGCUCUAGGGUUUUCUGGAAAGUAUCUUGACAGAGAACCUAAGCUGAUCAAAGAAGCCUUGAUCUGAGUGAGCCAACAGGCGCCAUGAAAAUAUCAGGUGUCUUUCUGCUCCUCUCUCUGGCUCUUUUCUGCUUUUUAUCAGGUGUCUUCAGUCAAGGAGGACAGGGCAAAAGAGGCUGGAUCACAAGAUCAGAGGGCCGAUGGCCAAAGAAAGGCGUGUUAAAGAGCCGUCUCUUUCAAAUUAAUUGUGGUGAGUUCCGUGACCCUAAAGUCUUCUGCACUCGGGAAUCUGACCCACUCUGUGGCUCUGAUGGACAGACAUAUGGGAAUAAAUGUGCCUUCUGUAAGGCAAUGGCGAAGAGUGCAGGGAAGAUUAACCUGAAGCAUCGUGGAAAAUGUUGAAUUAUAGCCAGCAUUUUGUGUUAGUUUGCUGAUUCUCUCAUCCUUAGUUUUUUCAUCUCUGCCUUUACAUUUCUCUGGCAAAUAUCUUAAAUUUAUACA